AUGGCGUUUGAGUCGCUGUAUAUAUCGGUGGCAUCCGAGUCUACGAUCAAGCUAUCAUCUUGGAUAUACUGGGCUGAUUGGAUAUUAACGCUAAUCUUAUCACUUGGAUUUGUAUUUUAUUUCCACAGACUACUUGGGUUUGUUGUCUCCUUUGUAUUUAAAAUAGUUCUAUGGAGACAGUAUAGAAUAAAUGUCAACAUACGGUCAUUCAAAGUGUCACCACUUGGUGGUCGACUAUUUAUGAAAAACCUAACGAUCCUGACUUCAGAUAUGACAAUAUCGAUAAUAAACUUAACGUUCACAUGGAGAUAUUGGAUAUUCAAAUUAAACAGACUAUCAAAUUUUUAUUUUGAAAUAGAUAACGAGACACCAGAAAUAUCCCAGAAAAGAAAUGACAAACUGCCUUCCAGAUUCCUCUUGGUCAUCGAGGGUUUAGAGGUAUUUAUAUACAAUAGGACAGUUGCAUACGACAACAUAAUGGAUAUGUUGCAGAAGAAUAAUGAUGUUUCUAGCAGUGAAGAAAAAACGGACCAAGAGUCUAGUUUGUAUUCAGACGAUAUCAAGAAUGGCAAUUUGAGAUUCAGAAAUAAGAAAAGGACAAGCAAUACAUCAUCUUCAGAUGAAGGCCUGAAUAAUGACCAAACUGCUAAAGAUAGUCUGUCGUUAUUUUUUCUAUUGCAAGUGCUUCCUAUUGCCGUCAAGAUAAAAAGAGGAGCUAUUGUAAUUGGCAAUGUGAGUACGCCUUCUAUUUUAGUGGCGUCCUACAAAGCUGCAUCUGGUACGAUAGAUGUCGCUAAAUCCCCCAAUAUUUUGGACCCAUAUAGACUACUAUACGAUUGCGUAUUUAACAAUUUUCAGCUUUGGAUGAGACCAAAUAUCGGGUAUGAGAAAUAUAGAUAUGGCUUGGAAGCACACCAAGAAUACUCACAACCUACAAGAAACGAUACCCAAAAACUAACCUACAUGAAGAAAUACAGAACUUGGUUCAAGUAUCAAAGAGCAACCGAAAAAUUACGGAAACUUUACUACAAGGUUUUUAGACAAGAAGAACCGGAAAACAUGGGAUAUGAACCAAAUUUCAACUGGCGAGGAUUGAAAAGAUAUAUUGGCGAUAAUCAAGAUGACUCUGAAGUGUUUGCAUUCUUAAACUCAGAUGUACAAUAUGCCAAGUAUAGUCUUAUUUUGGACUCAGUAACGACUAGGUUAAUUUAUUUCUAUGAUAAUCCCGGCAUACAGCCACAGCAAACUAACUUGAAAACACAAAUGCCACCUGAAUCUGGAAUUGAGGUUGAAAUUUCCAAUGGGACAAUUCAUUACGGACCUUGGACAGAUAGAGAAAGAGUUCCUAUACAAAAUAUGUUAUUUCCUCCAGUGGCAAGAGACUCAAGUCCAACCCGUGGUUUUUUGAAACCAGGGUCGCAAAGAGAGUACGGUGGAUUUAAAGUAACCGUUAUUGUCAAAGAUGAAGUGAUUAUAAGGAUCCCGACAAGAGAGCCAAGUAAAGACAAGGAACUCAUAAAACUGAAUGCUGCAAACAAUGGUCCAACCAAGAAUUCACGUCCAUUUGGAUGGCUAGAAGUCAAACUAAGUGAAGGGUCAAAUGUAAGUACCUUCACCUCAUACGUUGCCAAGGAAGAUGGGUGGCCAAACAUAAUGAAAGUCAUUUUUAAUCUGCCGGAAAUUCGAUCAUCUGUAAAUCACGAUGUAUUAUUUAUGGCUGAUUCUCAUGAAAUAGACGCCAAGAUAGGGUUCCCCUUGCAAUGGAAUGGCAAAUGUACUUGGGAAUUUGAUCAAGUCAGUUUAAAUCCUCAGAUUUUUUUUUUAAGAGAACAUACAAUGUUAUUUUCCGACUUGUUUACUGAUUUUGGACUGGGCGACCCACAGCCAUACGAAUAUUUCCGUCUAUUUAUUUACAACAUAAAGUGGAAAUUGCUUAAUUAUAAAUUCUACCUAAAUGUGAAUGAUUUAAAUAUUGUCAAUAACCCAUUAGACUUUGAGAAAAACAAGUACUUAUCUUUACAAGGAGAAGAGCUUGAUUGUGAUAUCAAUUUGCCACUAAAUGGGCUUUUGACAAAAUCAACCACUGUGCUGUUCAAUAUCACAACCCCUCAUUUUGAUCUUGUGCUUGAUACUCCACCAUGGCACACUGUAAAUGCAUUUUGGAAAGAGUCAAAUGUGGUUGGAAGGAGUAAUCAUUUUAGUGUUGAUGGGUUGUACAAGUUCUUCAGUGGUAUUGAAGUUAAUACAUCUGACUAUGUUGAAAUUAGAUGCAUGGGAGAUGAAGUGUCUCUAAAGUUUUAUGGAUUUGUUAUAAGGUAUCUAUUCACCGUCAGGGAGAACUAUUUUGGUGACAAUAUACAUUUUAAAACGUUUGAAGAAUAUACCAACCAAGAGUCGCAGGAUCAAGAAAGUAGGGAUGGCACCUCCUCACAGGAACCCAAUUAUUGGAAACUAAUCAAAACUGAAAAUGAUAUGGACGUGUUUUUCACAUUUCAAGUUAGAAGUGGUUUAGUUAUGUUACCAUAUCAUACCUAUAGUUGUCAAUCUCAUAUUGGGUUAAACUUUGACAUGCUAGAUAUAGAUAUACGAUUUUGCAACUACUACAUGGACAUGCAAGUUGACUUUAGUCCAAUUUCGGCUGUUUUUGUCGAAGAUUAUUACAGUGUUCAAGAUCCAUUAUUGAGUGUAAAUGAAUACGUGGAGCGUUAUUUUAACAGAAGGGCUGACAUGCAUGUUGAUGGUUUUAGUGUUCACACGCACAGAAUGUUUGGGGUUCCACCCGAGGAACUAACUUUCUAUUGUAAAUGGGAUUUUUGUGCUGGUGAUUGGCUAGUUGAUAGCACUCCAAUGUUCAUGAGAGCAGUUGCUGGUGGUAUUUCUAAUUUUGGUGUUGGCUUUAUGGAUCUGGAGAAUGCUUUGGAUGUGGCUUUUCCUCCUGCUUUUGAUGCAGCUAAUUUCACUUUCAAGUGUCCCAAUUUCACGUUUCGAUUGAGGCCAGAUUCAUCAUCAUGUUUAGAAAUCCAGCUAGUAGAUUUUUUAUUAUCCUACAAUGACAUGAGCAACAAUAGAUACUCCAACAAGCUUGUUGUGUCCAUACCAACAAUUUGUCUAAAAGUAUUUAAAAAUGACGUGAUUGCUGCUUUUCUCAAUACAUCAUUGAUUUUUACCAACAUUUGUCAGAAAAGAGACAUGUUGGGCCAUAGAGAAACACAGCAACUUCAUGUGCGAAACAGUGAUGCUCCAUUUCAUCGAUCACCAUUUAUUCUUUUGGAAGAGUAUAGGGAUGAUUUUUAUGAAAGCUCCAAAGGUUGUUUAUUUACUCCAGUAUCAUUACCGAAUGCUUCGAUCCCAUUAACGGAAUUGACUUUUAACAUGUCAAAGAAAUUGAAUAUUGACAUUGAUACAAGCAGCAUAUCUAGUGACUCGGAAUACGCAUUUACCAAUAGGAUGCCACCCACAAAUGACUAUUUAGAUGAGGAUUUUACACCAUCGUACAAAGUAGAUCCUGACACAGAAUAUGACAGUUUUAUUGUUGAAUUGGGAGAUGUAGAGGCGUUUGUUUCUCCCAAAUGCAUUGAAAUUAUCGUCAGCACGUUGCAAGCAAUGGAAGAUUACUCGGCGGAUACUAUUAUGGAUCAGCUCAAUGUGAGCACAAUCAAGUUUUUAGGAAGUCUCAUAAACUCCAUUAAAACAGUGAAGAAUUGCAGAGUUGUGAAUCACGAUUUGUCAAUAAAGUUUGGAGAGUUUCUACUCGCUGAUACUAAAGAACUCACUCAAAAAGCAAAAAAACAUCCAACCAUUACCUUACAGAUUUCCGAUCUAUCGUUGGCGUUAUCAGAAAAGGCCAGUAAAACAGUCAAUGAAGGAAAUAUCACGAGCAAUGAAGAAAUUUCACUUGCAUUGCAUAUAAAAGACAUUCUUAUAUCAGUAGCACAACCAUUUGUUUUCAAUGCUGCUGUGAUAUUUACGAUACAAGAAGUUGAGUACUGGAUGGAAUUGACACCAGAUGAUUUUGUAGCAUCUGGAAAUGUCGAGACAAUUAGUUUGAACAUUGACGACACGCAAACCACUUGGUUGGUUGAUGGUAUUACAAAGACCAUUGAAACCAUUGAAGAGAUGAACUCGAUAUUAAAAAAACAUACUCGUAAAAUAAAUGCAAGUGCCUGUUUAGUGCAUGCUUUGACGUUAGCAUCAAUUGAAUACUAUGUUGACUACGAUCCCGAUGUUUUGACAAAACCCGCAUAUAUUUUACGAGCUAAGAAGGAACAUAUUAGAUUUUUCGAUAGUUGGAAAGUCAUUGCUCGUCUUCGACACAUUUUACAGAGUCUUCCUGCUGAUUGGCUCCACGAAGUCAACGGUAUUUUGCGGGAUAAACGCUAUAUUUUACCACAAGAUUCAUUGGAUGAAGUUACUGAGAUUUUUUCAAAAUGGAGAGCAUGGGAGGCAAACCAAGAGGAGCGACUGAGAUUGCUAAACCGUAUUUUUUCAGGAGAUACUGCAAAUUCGGAUAAAAGACAAAUGCAUUUGCAAUUCCUUUUUGGAAACAUAUCAUUGAAAUUGGUAUCGUCGAAUCAAACCGAUUAUAUUGUUUUACAGCAAUUUUCUACUACUUUGGAUUUAGACACCACAAAAGAUCGGAAACCCGUUGAUGUUGUAGUGGGACUCGGUGCAUAUCAGAGUAGUAUCACGGUGCUAUUGUUGGAUAAACUCAAAUUACUACAACUGAUCAAAGAGAAUAAGAAGAGUAAUGAUAUGGAACAAAAGGAAGAAGAAGUACAGGGUGAACUAAAAAAUGUUUUGCAAGAUAUUGACUUGAGUAUUUCCAUUUACAUUGAAGCAUUCAGACAACAGAUACUGCUUUUAACCUUGGUUUUAGAGCUACAAGGCAAUAACAUGGCAUCGAUAUCUACCAUAAAGGAAGAGAUGAAAAGUAUUUCCAAUUCUUUUACUUUGAAAAACGCAGUUUGUAAUUUAUGGGGUUCAUCUAACCCUGUUUAUUCACAAGCAAUGGAGAAUAUUAGUUGGGUUGUCGCCAGAACCAGUGCUUUUGAUAAGGAUUUGUACAAAGUUGACCUUGAACUUGACAAAGUUGACAUACACAUGGCAAACAAAAAUGAUAAAAUUCUUACAGUUUUGCAAUCAAUAUUGGAAGCAGAUGUUCCGUAUGUGGAGAAAUUGUUAUCAGAAUCAGAAUCAAAGUCUACAUCGACUUUAAAUAUAUCAGACUUAUUGGGAUAUAUCUCUUUGAAAUUGAGUAUUCAAGAGUUUAAUUGGAGAAUUGACAUUUUGAGCCCAGUUGUAUUGGAAGGCAAUUCCAUUGGCUGCACUGUAAGUGCGUGUAUGAUUGACGAUAAUUUUAUUUUCGAUGCAGAUUUCUUAAAAGGAAAGUUUAAUAUGAACAUUGACGAACAUAAUGUCAUAGAAAUAGAGAAUUCAAAAUUUGUUAAUGUGGUAGAGGUUGGAAUUUGGGAGAAUUUGAUUUUGUUUUCGGUACAGUCCUCUAUGGGAUACGCAAAAUUAUUGUCACCAAAUUUAAUUUCAGCAAUUGGAUUAUCAGAUAUUACUUUGCCUAAGUUGGAAAAGAAGAUUCACGAUUUCAAAUCUCUUUUGGCUAAUAAUAAACUGGUGAAACAUAAUGAAACUGACGCGCCAGAGAGAGAAUUUGCUUUUAAAGUACAAUUUUCCAACGACUAUAUGGGUGUAUCGAGCUUUGUUAACAAAACAAAACUUUUAUUUGAAGUUGAAUCCUUCGCGUUAGGUGUCUACAAUGUUAACCAAGUUGAAAGUGAAGAUCCUAUACGCCUGCAGCAACUAGUUCCAAUUUACGGUUCUAUAUCUGUCCCUGCAGUUCGUAUUUCAAUUCUUGACAGGAAAAUACCUAUUGGUUUGUCAAAUAUGCUUGAUGUCAAUUUUGGUAUAAGGCUUUUGAGUGUUGAUAGUCUCGGAGUCCUUCAAACGUUACAAUUUGAAUCACAGUACUGCAGAAUAUGUUUAUCAGAGCCAAUCGUUUUCAAAUUGAUAAAGAUUAGUGAUGAAAUUUUGAAAGCUUUGCCAAAACCAACAACACAAGAGACGCAGCAAAAACCAAAAGAAUCCAUUGCAGAAACAGAGAAUGGUGAUCUAGAGAAGUUUAUUUUUUCAAGAAUUUCAACAGUUCAGUUUCUUUCUUAUAACUUCUGUGUUGGAUGGCUAUUUAAUGACUCUUCCAAAGACUACCCGGGCAUAAUAAUGGGGGCUGAAAGAUUUUUUGCAGCUACCGAAUUCAAAUUAGGGAAAUUUACAUUAAUGGAAGCGUAUUUUUCUGUUGCUAACGGCAAUCGGUCUUCAAACUUUUACAGUACACUGUCAGAGAAAUCGAAUUUGAACAGAGCGUUUUUGCCGAAUUUGCAACUUAGUUUCUUUAUUGAUAAUAAUCGCAAGGGAAAGAACUUGAGCUUAUCAAUGCAUGGCGAUGAACUUGAUGUUAAGUUUCUUUCCACAUCUGUUGCAAUUAUUGAAAAAGCAGUUAACCUGGCUUCAAAUGUGCAGUCAUAUUUGGACAAAAGACUGAAACCGUUUUAUCAGGAUAUUGAAAGGGAGUCUUCAACUUCACAUAAGGAGUCGUUGUUCACCAGUAGUUUUGAUGCAAUAGAAUUUAUAACGACUUUUGCAGGUUCAAAUGUGUUGAUACAUCGACUAGACAAUCACGACGAUUCCGAGUCACCAGCAUCACUUUAUUUGCAUGCACCAGCUAUCAAAACGGCAAUAAAAUAUUUAAAUAAGAAAAAUCAAGGUAAAAAUAAGUUGAUGGGUGAAAUUUUGACUACUUCUUCAGAUAACACAUUGUAUUCGAAAUGCAUGCCAGUAGUAAUGGAUAUAAUAAAUGGCACAAAAGGAUUAUUGGGAAAAUCCAAGAAGGUUAGUAGCAAUGACUUACUCGUCGAAGAACAGCCUCAAAGUUCUGAUUUUAUUACUACAAUUCUAGACGAUACGGAUAUACAUUUUGGGGUUAGAAUUGAAAACCAGUCAUUAUCGCUCAGUUGUGAACCAACUGCAAAGGUAGCUGCUAUAGUUGGUCUUGAAGGGAUCUUUAUUCAGUUGAAUAGUAGCGAUUUCCGAACCUCUGGGUUUAAUGUUUCUAUGAUGGUAGAUUCUGUUUCCGUUUCAUUGCAACACAUAUAUUCUAGAGAUAUUAGUGCAUCUGCUGGGAUCAAGAAUAUUUUAUUAACAAAUACCUUUGAAUUCAGUGAAGUAACUAGGCUCUUUUUAUCUGGAUCCAUAAGUGAUGCUGAUGCUUAUAUUAAUGUGAAACAAUACCAAGAUGUUGAUUUGUUUAAAGAUAUUUGGUUUCCCAAGGAAUACUUUGAAAGUUAUUCAGGUCAGGCCUAUCCAGAAGAGGACCAAGAGGAGUCACCCAUUGAUGAUACAUUUGAGGAGUUGGCGUUGGCCAAAAAUAGAAAUAUUUCUUCAAGAUUUAGGGAAGUUUCAACCACAUAUGCCUUUCCUUGGAUUGUUGCAUUUGUUAUUUCAAACGUUAAUGUCAGAGUAGAUUUUGGACAAUCACUCGGUAAUUUUAACUUGCGUAUCGAGAACUUUUGGGCAGUUUCUAAGAAGUCAGUUGAUUGGUCACAAGAUUUGAAAACAGGUGUCAACGAGGUAUCAUUGUCCUCGAUUGGUAGAUUGGGAGGUAUUCUUUCUAUCAAGAAUAUUAAUUUACACACCGCUAUUAGUUGGAAACUUGAUCUGGAAAUUACAUUAGAUGUACCCUUAAUUUUAGUAUCUGGCGGUGUUGAGGAAUUGCAUUUGAAAAUGUCAUUUGACCAUCAUGUAAUUGCAAUUGCCAAUUUUGAAGAAUUUUCCAUGGAUAUAUAUAAUAAGAAGAGUGAAGUAUCAAUUGCAAAAGAUCAUUUGUUUAUGACAACUACGUUCAAAACAGCAGAGAUAUAUAUAACAUCUUUGACUGCUUCCAAUUUCUUGGAUAUUCAGAAUACUAUAUCAAGAAUGAUACAAGAAAAUCAGCGAUCAUAUAAAGAAACGCUUAGGGACUCAUCAAAGGGGAAAUCGCUUGAAGAAAAGAAAAGAAGAAGGUACUCGCAGAAUGCUAUUUUAGAAACAGUGAAAAAACUAGAGACGAGAAUUCAUGUGUCAGCAGGAAAAGUAUUGAUGCAUAUCUACCCAUCUUCGAUGGAUAACAGCAAAGUAUUGGUGAUAAAACUUGACCAGUCUAGAGCCAAAUUUCAACAAAAUGAAUAUUCCAGUGGUAUCUCCAACGAGUUGGAUUUGAAAUUCAAUGAUUUGAAGGUUUCGUUAUCGUCGGUUUCGCCAGUGCUGGAAGAAUUUGUUAAUGAGGCGUCUGUUUCAGAACUCACACAACAUGCCCACAAGGCCAGUGGAGGAACAAUAUUUGUUUUCCCUUCCUUUAGGAUUUCAAUGCGUACAUUUCAAAAAUACAAUUCCAAUUUAAUUGAAUACAUGUUCCAAUCUACUUUUAAUGGAACAGUUGACAUAAGGUGGAAUUUGGGAUCAAUUAACUUUAUUCGAGAAAUGUACACUAUACAUUCCAAAUCGUUAGAAUCAAGAAUGGAAUAUAGAAAGAAAAUGCAGCCAUUUGAUGAAGGUGCUGGGGCAAUUGCUAAAGCAAUAUUGGAACACCAGAUAACCGAGGAAGAUACAACUCAAAAAAUUGACGAUGCAAUAAAGGAAACGAUCGAAAAAGUUGAAAAGUCUUCAAAAUUCAAGUAUUCUGCUUUGGCUCCACCGAUAAUUGAGGAACCUCAAUUGAAAGAGCUUGGAAAUGCCACUCCGCCGUUGGAAUGGUUUGGAUUGCACAGAGAAAAGCUACCACACGUAACACACCAAUUGGCUAUUGUUAGUUUACAAAAGCUAAUACAUGAAAUUGAAUUGGAGUACUCCAAAAUGUUAGGCAAAGCAUAA